UUUUCUUCGGCUCGCCGCGGAUAUCUCCCGCGAUGUACGAGCAAAGGACGAACGGUUAAUCGUGAAUUACCCGUGAGGUGUACACCUUGCACGGGCGUCACCGAGUAAUUAGAAGGUCGGAGCGACCGCCAGUUUUCUAACGAUGGCGGAGAGAUACGGGGCGCAGUAUGAGCCCGGCGCUGGGCACCGCGCCGCACCCCCCGCAACGCCGAUCGUCAACGAGUUCCCGGUCUCCUAUCAACCGCGGAGAGUCGACCGAUAUCGUGGCGGCCUCUACAUCCAGAGGAGAAUGACUCAGAGGGAGGACGUCCUCAAGUUCGAGCAGGGUCGCAUCAAGGCCCUGCAGGAAGAGCGGCUGCACAUCCAGAAGAAGACCUUCACGAAAUGGGUCAACUCGUUUCUGCAGAAGGUGCGCAUGGAGGUGGACGAUCUGUUCACCGACCUGGGCGACGGGAAGAAGCUGCUCAAGCUCCUGGAGAUCAUCUCCGGCGAGCGACUGGCCAAGCCCAACAACGGGCGGAUGCGCGUCCACAAGAUCGAGAACGUUAACAAGUCGCUGGCUUUCCUCCACACCAAGGUACGAUUGGAGAGCAUCGGCGCCGAGGACAUCGUCGACGGGAACCCGAGACUGAUUCUCGGCCUCAUCUGGACCAUCAUCCUGCGAUUCCAAAUCCAGGAGAUAGAAAUCGACGUCGACGAGGAAAAUGAGAGCAGCGAGAAGAAGUCCGCGAAGGAUGCGCUCCUUCUGUGGUGCCAGAGGAAGACCAAUGGCUAUCCUGGCGUCAACAUUCAGGACUUCACGGGUUCGUGGAGGAGCGGUCUUGGCUUCAAUGCGCUCAUACACGCUCACAGACCAGACCUGGUCAAUUGGUCGGAGCUCCAGCAGAACAAGCACAUCGACAAUCUCAAUUAUGCUUUCGACGUGGCCAAUUCGGAAUUGGGGAUACCGCGGUUGUUGGACGCCGAGGACGUGGACACUGCGAGGCCCGACGAGAAAUCCAUCAUCACUUACGUGGCCUCCUACUAUCACACCUUCGCCAGGAUGAAGAACGAAAUCAAAAGCGGGAAGAGAAUAGCGAACAUCGUUGGCCAGAUGAUGGAUGCGGACAAGAUGAAGGUCCACUACGAGAAGCUGACGACGGACCUGCUCGAGUGGAUCAAACUGAAGAUCACGGUUCUGGAGAGUCGGAGCUUCCCUAAUUCUUUGGAGGGCAUCCAGCGCGAGCUUUUGGCUUUCAAGCAGUACCGGACGGUGGAAAAGCCGCCGAAGUACAAGGAGCGAUCGGAAAUCGAGGCCCUCUAUUUCCACAUAAACACGCAACUAAAGUCCUUGAAUCAACCCGCGUUCACGCCCCAGGAGGGCCAGCUCGUGCACGACAUCGAGAGGAAUUGGGUGGAGCUGGAGCGAGCCGAGCACCGGCGAGAAGUGGCCUUGAGGACUGAAUUGCUUCGACAGGAGCGACUGGAACAGUUGAAUUACAAGUUCGAGAGGAAGAGCGUCCUGAGAGAGGGCUACCUCAAGGAAAUGAUACAGGUGCUGUCCGAUCCGAGGUACGGCAGCAAUCUGGCUCAGGUGGACGCGACCGUGAAGAAGCACGAGGCCAUCAGCGCGGACAUCAUGGCCCGGGAGGAACGCUUCCACGAUUUGACGAAUAUGUCGGACGAACUCGUCAGAGAAAAUUACCACGGCCUGGAGAGGGUGAGAGUUCGCGAGCAGGAAGUUCUCCAGAGGUGGAAGGAGGUCUUGGCUUUCCUGGACCACCACAAAGUCAACCUGGCCGCGCUCUGCUCGCUCAUGAGCCUGAUGAGGGAAAUCGACACCACCCUCGCGACCAUUCAGGAACUCCAACUUAACUUCCAAAGCACCGACGUCGGCCCGCAUCUGCUGGGCGUCGAGGACUUGCUGCAGAAGCACAGCUUGCAGGAGCUCCAAGUUACCGCCCUGGGGGAGACCCAGAGGCGACUCGGGAGACAAGCCGCCCAGCACCUGGCGCAGCCUCAGAACAAGGAGAUGCCUCUUCUUCAACAAAAAUUGAAGCUUCUGAAUAACGCCUAUGAUGAGCUCAUGGAGAACAGUAAGGAGCGUAGGGCGCGGUUGGAGGACGCCAGGAACUUCUUCCACUUUCUGCAGGACCACGAGGACGAGGAGUCCUGGCUGGUCGAAAAGCAGCGGAUCUGCAAGGCCGGCAUCUCCGCGAAGGAUCUCCGGGCUGUGAUCUCGUUGCAACAGAAGCACAAGGCUCUGCAGGACGAGAUGAAGGUCAGGAGGCCGAAAUCCGAGCAGCUCUGCAACGCCGGGAGGAAGUUGAUAGCCGAUAACCAUCCCUCCGCCCUGGAGAUCCAGAACAGGAUCGAGUCGUUGCUGGAACAUUGGAAGGUUCUGGAAGAGCUGGCAGCUCUUAGGAAGAAGCAACUCGAUGACGCUGCCGAGGCCUUCCAGUAUUACACCGACGCCAACGAGGCAGACUCCUGGAUGAACGAGAAAAUGGCCCUCGUCGCCUCGCAGGAUUACGGCGUCGACGAGCCCAGCGCGCAGGCGCUGCUACAGCGUCACAAGGAUUUGGAGGGAGAGCUCAAUGCCUACAAAGGCGACGUGCAGUCUCUGAAUCUCCAAGCCGAGAAAUUGAUAAAGGCCGGAAUCUCAACCUUGGAAUUGUCCGCGGAUCCAGAACCGGUAGCCGAACUGGAACAAGAGGAGUGGAGCAAGGAGAUCCGCUUGGUUCCACAAGACGAAUGGGUCGACGAGAUCGUGGAGAGACAGGAGCCUAGAACGGUUCUCGAGGACAGAAUGGUACCGCAGGUUAAAAGCUUGUACCCGUUCAGCGGCGAAGGAAUGCACAUGCUGAAAGGCGAGGUAAUGUUCCUGCUAAAGAAAACCAACGAAGACUGGUGGAGCGUGAGAAAGGCGGACGGGAGUGACGGUUUCGUACCUGCGAAUUAUGUGCGCGAGAUCGAGCCGAAAGUCAUCCAGGUACCGGUGAGACGCCCGGAGAAAGUUAGGGUCACUCAGAGGGUCAAGAAGACGAGAAUGGUGAAACAGGUGGUCCCGGUCAGGAGGCUGAAGUCAAUCAAGUCGACCGUGAAGCCGAUCAAGCGCAAAGCGGUCAAUGACAGCGACAGCGUGGAAAAACGACAGAGAAAAAUCAACGAGACUUACAAGGAGCUUCAGGAGCUGGCGGCACAGCGCCAUGCCCUCUUGGAAGAUGCCAUCAGACUCUACGGCUUCUACCGUGAGUGCGACGAUUUCGAAAAAUGGAUCAAGGAUAAGGAGAAGAUGCUGCGAGCCGACGACUCCCGAGAUAACGUCGAGACCGCCAAGAGGAAGUACGAAAAGUUCCUGACGGAUCUCUCGGCUUCCGGAAAACGAAUCGAAGCCAUCGACGUGGCGGUGCAGGACUUCGUUACCCAGGGUCACAGUCAGCUGGACAAAGUCAAGGCGCGGCAAAGGCAUAUUCACCAACUGUGGGAUCAUCUGAAUUGGCUGAAGGCCCAGAAGGAGAAGAGCUUGGAAGGAGCGUCGAGUGUCGAGUUGUUCAACAGGACCUGUGACGAAGCUCACGAUUGGAUGCUGGAGAAGAUGACUCAGUUGGAUACCGCUGAGCUGGGCCCUGACUUGAAGACCGUACAAGCGCUGCAAAGGCGGCAUCAACACCUGGAGCGAGAAUUAGCGCCCGUUGAGGAAAAGGUCCGCAAAGUGAACCUGUUGGCCGACAGCGUCAAGAACUCGUAUCCCAAUGAAUUGAACAACGUUAACGCAAGGCAAAAUGAAAUACGAGAUUUAUGGAACGAGGUUCAAGCCAAGGCUAAGGAACGCAGGUCUCGUUUAGAGGAUGCCGUGGGUCAGCAAAUUUUUAUGAACAGUUCGAAGAAUUUAAUUAAUUGGGCGACCGACGUGCAAGACAUCAUGAAAGCGGAAGAACCCGUAAGAGACAUCGCAACGGCCGAACAAUUGAAGAAACAACACGUAGAGCUUGGCGAAGAAAUAAGGACUCGCGAGGACGAAUUCCGAGAGGUCGAAGAAUUGGGUAAUCAGCUUCUUCGUCGUAAUCCGGCCCUGGCAGAAGUUCGCGAACGCCUGGACAAGUUACACGGCCUCUAUCAGAACGUAACCUCGGACUGGUUCGCAAAGGAACAAUGGCUACGGCAGUGUUUAGAAUUACAACAAUUUAACAGAGAAGCGGACCAGAUCGAGGCCACCACCAGGUCUCACGAGGCCUUUUUAGAAUUCACGGAUUUGGGUGAAACCCUAGACGAUGUCGAGGCUCUGUUAAAGCGUCACGAAAAAUUCGAGAAUACUCUUCAUGCUCAAGAUGACCGGUUGAAGGCAUUCAGUGACUCCGCCGACCGCUUAAUUUCACAGGAUCAUUAUGAAAAGGACUACAUUAACGAUAGAAGAAACCAGGUUUUGGCACGUCGCGCAGCGGUUAAAGGCGCGGCGCAACGUCGUCGUGCGGCUCUAAAGGCGUCGGAACAUUACCAACAGUUUUCUGCAGAAGUAGACGAUUUGCAAGAUUGGCUAGGAGAUAAAGUGAAGACGGCGUCCGAUGAGAGUUAUCGAGACUUAAACAAUUUGGAGCGCAAGCUCCAGAAACACGAAGCGUUCGAGCGGGAAUUGAGGGCCAACGAGGGACAGCUCAGAGCUGUCAACAAGGCAGGACAAGCGCUCAUAUCGGAAGAAAACUACAGAUCCGAGGAUGUGGGGAAGACGUUGAAAGACCUGAACGACCAAUGGGAUCGAUUGGUAGCGUUGUCUUUGGAAAAGGGUCGCAGAUUGAGGCAAGCCGCUUCGCAACACGAGUAUAAUCGCACCAUGGAGGAUGCUCGAUUAAAACUGGAAGAGAUAGAAAGUUCCCUGCAGAGUCGAUUAGUCGGCACCGAUUUAAGAAGCUGCAAAGAAUUGCUGAAGAAACACCAAACUUUGGAAACCGAUAUGAGCCAAUGGGAGCAGAAGGUGGACGACUUGGUAGCAAUGGGCGAAGAAAUGACCCACGAAGGCCAUUUCGAUGCGGCGAAUAUUUCAAAGAGCAGCCAAGCUAUUCAGAGAAAGUUCCGCAACUUAAAAGAGCCUGCCCAGAAACGACGCGAGGCGUUGGAAGAGAGCCUUCGAUUUCACAAAUUCGGUUUCGAGCUGGAUGCUGAAUUGCAGUGGAUAAAGGACCAUUUGCCUCAAGCUUCGUCGACGACUUUAGGGCAGAAUUUGCAUCAGGCCCAGUCUUUGCAUAAGAAGCAUAAAAAACUCGAGGCUGAAAUUGCAGGCCAUCGACCGAUGAUAGACAAAACUUUGGCUUCUGGACAAGUUCUCAUCGAUCAAAUUCAUCCGGAAAGGAGAAAGAUCCAAGAAUUGUGCGAUGCCCUGGAUGACGCUUGGAAAGACCUGGAAGAAAAAGCCAGCGAGCGCAGCCGGGCCCUUGAUUUAUCUUUGAGGGCUCAGGAAUUCUUUUUCGAGGCCGGAGAAGUUGAAAGCUGGCUCCGUGAGAAAAACGACGUGCUCAGUUCCACCGAUUAUGGUAGAGACCGAGCCGCUGCUACGAAAUUAUUGACCAAGCACAAUGCUGUCGAGCUGGAGUUAGAUACGUACAAUGCCAUCGUCACAGAAAUGGGACACACGGCAGCAGCAAUGGUCAAUGCGAAACAUCCCGACAGCAAAGCGAUCACCAGCAAGCAACAAUCCAUUGCUCAACAAAUGCGCGCUUUGCAAAGAUUAGCUACGGCGAGACAGCAACGUCUUAUGGAGAGCAUGUAUCGUCAUGAAUAUUUCUUGGAAAGCCGAGAACUGGAGCAGUGGAUCAAAGAACAGGAACAAGCCGCCGCUUCCGAGGAUUACGGACAAGAUUACGAGCACCUGCUAAUCCUGCAAGCUAAGUUCAACGACUUCAAGCACAGAAUCGAGGCUGGGUCCGAAAGAUUCAACCAGUGCGAGGAGCUAGCCAGGAAGCUGAUCGCUAACGAAAGUCCGUAUAUUCCAGACAUCGAGAAACGUCAAGAGCAAUUAGGAGUGGACGAAGAUGAUCCUGUACAACAAGUGAGAAAGCAACACGCUGCCAUACGGGAAUCAUGGCAGCAUCUGCUUGGAUUGAUAAGACAUCGCGAGCAACGAUUGCAAGCUGCCGGAGAAAUUCAUCGAUUUCAUCGUGACGUUGCGGAAGCUUUAUCCCGCAUCCAAGAAAAAAACGCAGCUUUACCGGAAGACUUAGGGCGAGAUCUGAAUUCCGUUUUGGCGUUAAUUAGGCGCCACGAAGGAUUCGAAAACGAUUUGGUCGCUUUGGAGGCCCAACUCCAAGUCUUAGUGGAAGAUGCAUCUAGACUACAAGUCCUUUACCCUGGAAAUAAUGCAGCACAUAUCGAUCAACAGCAACAAAUCGUUGUUGCCAAUUGGGAAGAAUUGAAGGAAAGAUCAGCGCACAGGCGAGAUCAACUUCAAGCCAGCUGUGAUUUGCAACGAUUUUUAACACAAGUUCGCGAUCUAAUGAAUUGGGCAGCUGGACUACGUGCCGCAAUGUCCACGGAAGACAAAGUACGCGAUGCAGCGAGCGCACAAACAUUAAAAGCCGAACACGAAGCACUGAAGGGUGAAAUCGAGGCUCGAGAAGACAGCUUCAUCUCGGUUCUCGACCUUGGCGAAGCCAUGGUACAAACGGGCCAUUAUGCCGCUCUGGAAGUUGAAGAGAAGUGUAAUCAGUUAUUGGAGGAGAGGCAAAAGUUGCAUACCGCUUGGCAACAGAAGAAGAUUCACUUGGAUCAGCUCAUCGAUCUGCACUUUUUCCUAAGGGAUGCGAAACAACUGGACAAUUUAUCUGCCACUCAAGAAGCUGCACUCAGUGGUGACAAUUUUGGCGUUUCUGUCGAGGAGGUAGAUGCACAGGUCAAGAAACACAACGAAUUUGAAAAGCUACUAGUGACGCAAGAGGAGAAAUUAAUAGCUCUGCAGGAGCACGGCGACAAACUUUUGGCGCAAAAUCACUUCGACUGUCCUACUAUAGAGCGACGUUUGAACGAGGUGGUGCAAAAGCGAGCAAAGGUCCGAGAUCUCUGCGACGCGAGACGCAACAGGCUGGAAGCUAGUUUACUUCACGCCCAAUUUAUUAGGGAUGUUGCCGAGGCUGAAUCCUGGAUCGGGGAAAAACAAAAGAAACUCGAAGCCGAAGCUUCUAAAGGGGACGUUUCGAGUUUGGAAGAUAAGAUCAAGAAAUUACAAAAGCACCAAGCAUUCCAGGCUGAACUAGCUGCCAAUCAGAGCAGAAUCGAGGAAAUUAAGGGUAAAGGUGAAACGCUCCUUGCCCAGAAACAUCCAGCCAGUCUAGAAAUUCGACAACAGUUGGACCAUCUCCAGGGAUCUUGGCGAAAGCUUUUAGUGGAGUCUGGCAACCGUGGAAGAGGCUUAGAAGAAGCACAGGAUAUUCUUGAAUUUAACAAUCAAGUUGAAAAAAUUGAGGCUUGGAUCAGAGAUAAAGAGAUGAUGGUUCAGGCAGGAGACACGGGGAAAGAUUACGAGCAUUGCCUUAGUCUGCAAAGGAAACUCGAUGACGUCGAUAGCGACAUGAGAGUUGAUGAUGCCAGGAUCAAAACCAUUAACGCUUUGGCGGAUAAACUCAUAAGACAGGGACGUGACGAUGAAUCAAAAGCAAUUCAGCAACGUCGGGAUAAUUUUAAUAACAAAUGGAAGGGCCUGCAAGGGGCUCUGAGCGCAUACAGAGACACUUUAGCUGGAGCUUUGGAAAUCCAUCUUUUCAACAGAGACAUAGAUGAUACGAAUCAAAGAGUUAUUGAGAAAUCUAUGGCAAUGAAUACAAACGACGUGGGAAAGGAUUUAACUGCAGUCGAACAGCUGCAGAGAAAGCAAGAAGCCAUGGAAAGGGACAUGACUGCUAUCGAAGGAAAAUUAAAGGAACAUCAAGCAGAGGCAAAGGAACUGUCACACAAAUACCCAGAGAGUGCUUCGCAAAUAAAUGGGAUAUUAUCCGAGCUACAGUCCAACUGGGACAAUUUGCAGUACUUGACGCAGCGUCGCCGUGAGAUUUUAAAUGAGGCAUACACGUUGCAUAAAUUCCAAGCAGACCUACACGAAUUAGACGUUUGGGUGGCUGACACUAUUAAACGAAUGGACGAAUCCGAACCCCCGUCGACAAUUUCCGAAGCCGAAGCUUUGUUGGAACUGCAUCAAGAAAGGAAAGCAGAGAUCGAUGGCAGGCAGGAUACCUUCAAAGCAUUGAAAGAACAAGGACAAAAAUUGAUUCCAGUCAAUGGGGACAUUAAAGAGAGUCUGGACUAUUUAGAAGAACUUAGACAGGGAUUGAUAGACGCAUGGAACGUACGUAGGCAGAGGUUAACUCAAGCUCACCAGCUGCAACUAUUUAAGGAGCAAGCUGAUCAGGCAGACAAUUGGCUGGCAACGAAGGAGGCGUUUCUCAAUAAUGACGACCUCGGUGAAUCGUUAUCAGGUGUUGAAACGCUGGUACGAAAACACGAGGAGUUCGAGAAGAUGUUAACUUCUCAACUGGGACGAGUCGAGGAACUGGAGAGAUUUUCAGCUGAAAUUUUAUCGGAGAACCACUCCGAUGAUGCUAUCAUUAAGCAACGAUUGAUUUCCGUUUGCACUAGAAGGGACAAAUUAAUGAAUAACGCAGCGGCCAGAAGAAAGAGACUUUUAGAAAGUCAUAAAUUGCAUCAAUUUCUGCGAAACGUCUACGAGGUCGAAGGAUGGAUGCAUCAGAAACAGCAAGUCGCGAGUGACGAAAAUUACCGAGAAUCUACCAAUCUGCAGAGUAAAAUACAGAAACACGCUGCAUUCGAGAGCGAACUGAUAGCUAAUAGAGCUAGAGUAGGCGCAGUCAUCAAUGAAGGUGAAGCUCUGAUCGACGAGAAUCAUUAUGCUUCGAAAGAGAUUCAGAACCGGCUGGACGACCUAGAGGCCGAGUGGCGAUUAUUACAGGAGACCAGUGAACUUAAAAAGAACAGACUCAACGACGCUUACCAAGCUUUAUUGUUUGGUCGAACUUUGGAUGAGUUCGAAACUUGGAUGGACGAAAUUGAAACCCAAUUGCAGUCGGAAGAUCACGGGAAAGACCUCUCCAGUGUGGCCAAUCUGCUUAAAAGACACACUAAUUUGGAAAACGACGUUUUGGGUCAUAACGAAGCCUGCGAAUCCAUUAAAGAAACGGCGACCAGUUUUCAAAAAUCGAAUCAUUUCAUGUCAGAUGAAAUUCAAGAAAGAGCAUUGGCUACCAUUAAUCGGUAUCACAGUUUACAAGAGCCGAUUCAAAUACGUCGGGAUAACUUGGAAGAUGCGAAGUUACUUCAUCAGUUCUCCAGGGACGUUGAAGACGAAUUGCACUGGUUGUCGGAGAAGGAACCUUUGGCAGCGAGUAACGAUUUAGGCAGUUCGUUGAUGACCGUGCAAAGACUUCAGAAGAAACAUCAUGCACUCGAAGCGGAACUCAUUUCUCGGGAACCUGUAGUAGCUUCAUUGGCGAGUACAGCUGCCGACAUGAUCAGAAGCGGUCACUUCGCAUCUGAAAAAAUUUCAUCCUUAUCGCAAGAGUUGCAAGAAAAGUUGGCUCGUGUCAGAGACUUGGCAUGCGUCAGAAAAUUACGAUUGCUGGAUGCCGUCGAGUCGCAAAUGUUCUAUGCCGAGGCUGCGGAAGCUGAGCAGUGGAUAAAGGAGAAGCAGCCGCAACUUAUAUCAGGAGACUACGGAAAAGACGAAGACUCCGUUCAGGCGUUAAUGAAGAAACUCGAAGGAAUCGAACGGGACUUGAGCGGGUUUAAGAGCACGGUCAACAAUCUGAAGAAUUUGUCUCAAGGUUUGGUAGACAGACAUCACUUCGACAGCAAAAAGAUCGCUCAGAAACAGAAGGAAAUCGAAUCAAAAUUCGAGGAACUGCAGACAUUGAUAGACUUUAGAUCACAGAGGCUACUGCAGAGCGAAAAGUUCUACAAGUUCAUCCGGCAAGCCGAUGAAGUCCUGGAGUGGAUAAGCGAUCAAACCACGGUUGCAGCUUCCGAGGAUUACGGGCGAGACGUUGAACACGUCGAAUUGCUCAUUCAGAUCUUUGACAACUUUUUGGCUGGCCUGACGACCAGUGAAAGUCGCGUUUCCGCAAUUCUCGAAGCAGGCCAGAAACUCCUGGAGGAGCAGAAUCCAGAAGCCAGCAAGAUUCAAGGAAAAAUCGACGAGAUUAAACAGCAGUGGGAAGAUCUGAAGGAAUUAGCCCACGCCAGGCAGGAGGCGUUGGCAGGUGCCAAGCAAGUUCACAUGUUCGACAGGACGGCCGAUGAAACCAUUUCUUGGAUUCAGGAAAAAGAAGCGAGUCUAAGUUCGGAUGGAUAUGGCCACGACUUGGAAACGAUACAGGCCUUGGUUCGAAAACAUCAGGGAUUCGAAACGGAUUUGGCAGCGGUGAAGGAGCAGGUCGAGUCCGUGAUGGCGGAAGCAUCGAGAUUGGCCGAGCUAUUCCCUGACGCCCGGGAACACAUAGCGGUCAAACACGAGGAAGCGGAUGAAGCUUGGAACGAUUUGCUGGAAAAGGCAGCUCAAAGGCAGAGCAAGCUUGCACAAGCGGAACAGUUACAGGCCUACUUCGACGAAUACAGAGAUUUGAUUUCCUGGAUAAACGAGAUGGUGGCGAAGGUCACCACCCCGGAGUUAGCUCGUGACGUGCCGGGGGCCGAAGCUUUAAUCUCCAGACACAAUGAGUACAAAGCCGAAAUAGACACGCGAAAAGACGCAUUCGACAAGUUUUACAAAACUGGAAAGAGCUUGAUCCACCAGGGACACUUCCUGGCUAAGGAGAUCGAGGAGAAGAUCUCCAUUCUGGAGCAGAGGAGGCAAGUUUUGAACGACACCUGGGAACAGAGAAGACUCAUCUACGAGCAGAACCUGGACACCCAGAUGUUCAAGCGGGAAGCCGAGAUGCUGGAGAAUUGGAUAGUCAGCCGCGAACCGAUGUUGCACGACGGAAAGUUAGGGGAGAGCAUUCCUCAGGUGGAAGAUCUGAUACGCAAGCACGAAGACUUCGAGAAGACCAUCGAAGCGCAGGAGGAAAAGUUCAGUGCUCUCAAUCGUAUCACCAUGCUGGAAAGAGCCUUCCAAAAGCAGCAAGAGGCAGAAAUGGCUGCCAGACAAGCCGAAAAGGAACGAGUCGAACGCGCCCGACUGGAAGAACGGAAACGUAAAGAGGUACAAAGAAUUACCGAAGAGAGGAAACGGGAGGAAGAACGAAGGCGACUGUUAGAGAGUCCUCGCCAUGUGCCGCAUGAAGAAAUCAACGGGACCUCGGACGAACACGAAUCGGUUAACAGGUUGUCACCCUUGAAGAGCGUACCUACCGUAGAAUCUCCCGAGGCGUCGUCCGGCCACAAGACUCACACUCUCACUCACGUGUUUGGAGACAGACUGAGACGAACGACCCCGGACAUCAAGCGUGCCGAGAGUAUGAAAGUGGAUACGAAAAAACCGAAAAGGACCCCCAGUUUUACGACCAGGAGAAGGACACAGAGCUUCAGAAAACAUCAGCGCAUGGAAAAUUUGGACACUUUGCCCCCGGUAGAAAUUCAAGGAUUGCUGGAAAGAAAACACGAGUUACAAAGUGCCGGGAAAAAGGCUGCCGUGCGUUCGUGGAAGCAAUACUAUACCGUUUUAUGCGGACAACUUUUAUGCUUCUUCAAAGACAUGGAAGACUUCUCCUUAAGCAAAGCCGCUACCGCGCCUAUCACGAUAUUCAAUGCUACGUGUGAAAAAGCGGAGGAUUACACGAAAAGGAAAAAUGUAUUUAGAUUGAAGUGUACCGACGGUUCCGAAUUCUUGUUCCUUGCCCAAAGUCGCCAGGAAAUGGAAGACUGGGUUAACAAGAUAUCGUUCCAUGCCAAAUUACCACCCAGCUUGCAACUUUUGAGCUACGAUGAGUCUCAGAAGGAGGGUUUGGAAAGAUUACAGAAUCUGACGCCCGAUCAUCCCGAUGAUAACGUGUCGUCAACUGGAAGCAGUCGGACGUCUACACCUGAAAUGGAGCGCAAAAAUUCAGUGAUUAGGCGAGAUAUUUCCGAUCAGCACUCACCGAGCAAAGUGCAGAUAGAAUUUUUGCAAAUGCAUCGACAGAAUCAGCAACGCCGAGAACCAAGAAGUCCGGAAUCACAAACCGCUCAGAGACCUUCGGAGCCACCUCAAACUCAAACCGAGUUCUUGCAAAUGCACAGGCAGCAACAAUUGCUGGCACAGCAGCAGCAAUUAAUUCAACAGGAACAGCUGGCGAGUCAAAGGGAACAAUAUCAAGGUCUUUCGAGCGAUAAACCACCCAUUCCCCCAAGAGGUGCACCACCUCCUGUACCCGUAAGGUCUCCAAGCUCGGAGAACGUGUUGCAACUAAGGCGAAAUGAUACUGACUAUCACGUGCAGCAACCAAGGCCACAAUCGUAUCAACAACGCAGCACCACGUUAAACCAUAAUGGUUCUGGUCAACAUCCGUCUAACGAUGGAUGGCGCAGACAAAGUAGCGCUGAUCUGCAACAUCAAGUUGCACCUCCUCUACCGUCCAGUGCCCCACCUCCAACUAGAAUGGCUCAGUGGAAUUCUACCCAUGACCCAGCGUAUGGAAAUGUGGCAGUAAACGUUAGGCAGAGUGGGCAACAAAUGAAUUCCUUCACCGGGAGGCCAACGUCUUUGCCACCCUACGUUUCUCCACCUCCUGCCGUACCUCAAGGAGCUCAAAACAUCUCCGUAGUCGACGGCAGACGACCAUCCGAAAGCGGCUCGGAAAGCGAACAAAGUUCCGGAGGUUCUCGCAAAGAUCGCGACAACAAGCGAAGUUCUGUCCUAAGCAACUUAUUCGGCAGACGGAAGAAGCCCUCUCAAUCGUAGCACUUUACGAUAGAGGUACGCAACAACGACAACUUGCCCGUUAAUCGUCAUCGGCAAGCAACCACGAGGGACAAAGAUUACAGGGUAAAGGAGAUGGCGAAUGUAACUCGACGACCAAUGUACACACUUUCACUCUACGUUUCUUUACUUUCUUGUUGAUCCGAGCUGUAAUAUUUAAAUUCUCUCAGCAGAUCCAGCGCGUGGGAGUGAAUUUCUUUGUAACUAUUUAAUUAUUAUGUAAACUUACUGUUAAACACCUUACUUGGCAAGUGUUAAGAUAUAAAAGGUAAAUAGCUGUUUAAUAAUAUAGAAUGCAUGAGAGUGGUCAUUACCGCGGUUUAAAGUGUACCUGACCUUGAGGGCGAUACAAACUAAAAAGUGCCGAUUCAAUCAAGAAAUGGACCGUACCCCGUAUACAUACGUCUAGGUUCUAGGUAUUAUAAUAUAUCAUAUAAAUAUUUACAUAUGUCGUAUGCGCGAGAACUGCUAUCACACGUCGGGGGAACGAUGAGCGAUACGAUUCCUUGCUGCACUCCUUGUUAUCGCGUAGUGCUUUCUCAUUUUCUGUAAUUUAAAGCAACAAAGACUUAACUGUAACAUUUUACCGACGGAGAGAGAGCUAGCGGUAAGCGAUCUAUGCGAAAAUAUAUGCAUGAGAAUAUUUUUAAGGAUUUAUUGAACUUCGGAGUUUAUCAUUGCAAAAGCAACAUGUAAAAUAUCAAAUGUUAUGAAAGAAGCACCGAUCGCGUAGUAGUGACGCGCAUCGGUGCUAUUUUACAUGUAGGAAAGCAUCAAAAUGUAAUAAACUAAUUCAAGAUAA